ACCUCAGAGAAGAAGAAGAAAGGAAGAAGAAGAAGAAGAAGAAGAAGAAGAAGAAGAAGAAGAAGCCAUGCAGGGGAAACAGUACAGACGCUAUUAGCUUAUCUCAGCUCUCUGGAUGUACGAAACUAGCCGGAGAAGAUAUUAUAGUCGUUGAGUGGAUGAGUAUUUGACUUAUAGUUUUGCAACAAUGUCUUCAGUUGAGUGUUUGAGAGAGUUUGUGAACGAGCGACUAACUGCUGCUGCUGAAGAAAUAUUCAGAGUUUUUCAUAAAGCUGUCAUCGAGUACGAGGCAGAGAUCGACCGUCAGCGCAGACUGCUCGAUAUCGUUUGGAAGCCCGAAAUAAAGUUACACAGGAUAGAGCUCCCACAGCAACAUGUCUGUAAGGAGGAGGAGGUUCUCUCUGACCAGCAGCUCUGUGUUCAGGAGAGGAACUCCAGUCUGGACCAAGAGGACCCAGAGCCUCCACAGAUUAAAGAGGAGCAGGAGGAACUCUGCACCAGUCAGGAGGGAGAGCAGCUUGUACUGAAGCAGGAGACUGAUGCCUUUAUGUUGACUCCUACUGCUGAGGAAAGUGACCACCAGCUCCUCUCUCACAACUCUCAUGUAGCUGAGAGCCAAGAUCAGAAAGGAGGCAAGCAUGGAGACUCAGGCUCAACUAAUGCUGAGCCAAAUCUACAGAAUCUACAUCCUGAAAGCAUAAGUCACAGUAACAAUGUCGACAACCCUAACCUGUCAGAGAUGCACUGUGAUACUCACACAGGCAAACAGCCUUUAAAAUGUGACACGUGUGGAAAAGACUUUAAGAAUAAUUCAUCACUGAAGAAACAUCUGAGAACCCACACAGGGGAGAAGCUACUUGCAUGCAAAACAUGUGGAAAAGGUUUCAGAAAGAAUAGUCACUUGGUAUACCACAUGAGAACCCAUACAGGGGAGAAGCCGUUUGCAUGCAAAACAUGUGGGAAAGCUUUCAGGAUUAAUAGUACCUUGGUAAGCCACAUGCGAACCCACACAGGGGAGAAGCCAUAUUCUUGCAAAACAUGUGGGAAAAGGUUCGCUCAGCAUUCAUCAUGGAACUCUCAUAUAGGGAUCCACACAGGUGAGAAGCCGUUCGCAUGCAAAACAUGUGGGAAAGCUUUCAGAAUGCGUAGUAUCUUGAAGGAACACAUGAGAAGCCACACAGGUGAGAAGCCGUUUGCAUGCAAAACAUGUGGGAAAGGUUUCAGAAAUAAUAGUCACUUGGUAUACCACAUCAGAACCCACACAGGUGAGAAGCCGUUUCCAUGCAAAACAUGUGGGAAAGGUUUCAGAAUUAAUAGUCACUUAGUAAGCCACAUGAGAACCCACACAGGUGAGAAGCCAUAUUCUUGUAAAACAUGUCGAAAACAUUUCCAAUCUAAAAAUCACAUGAGACGCCACAUGAUGAGCCGUUUACACCUAAUGGAGGAACGCUGCGCAAAUCAGGAACAUUUGUUUUCAUUAGAUUAGAACAGGGGUCACUAACAGGCGGACCGCGGUCUGAGUCCGGACCCGAACCCAGACCGAACAUUAAUGGGAACUAGCUAGUAGAUCAGCACCGCUGGUUGAGAGAGGCUUUCUAGCCCUCUCAGAGCGUAGAUUGAUUUAAUACUUUUUAUUAGAGAAUGGGAUGAGAGGUGGAGAUGAACUUUAAAAAAAAUGUCUUUAAUUAGAUUGGAGAAUUUCAUUUUCAAUCCAGUAUAAGGCUCUAAUGCAACAUUUUGGAUGCCUUUAAAAUCCAACAAAGAAGAAGACACCCAAAAUUACAUCUGGAGUAGAAAAGAAAUGGAAGAAUGGGAAUUCAAGUCAUCAAUUGAAAAAUCACACGUCAUAUGCUCUGCUAAACACGAUAAAUCAGUCCCCAUGAAAUGAUAUGGCCGCACCACUGUGUUUGGCUGCUUGUCGUCGCUGUUACCAUUUCUGUUUGUCCUGGCUCUGUUUUUAUCUCUGAGUAUGCAUGAUGUGCAAACCACUAUCUUCUACAAUCGUCAAACACUACUGAAUAUUCAAGCCUGUGUCAUGGACUUAUACUCCCGGGAUCCUGGUCAAAGAAUCUUACACUGCACUCUGUUCUCUCAACUACCUGAAGGUUUAUGGGCUCGGCCCUGCGGCUACCACCAUAGGAAACAAGCCAGGUGACGGAGUUAAUGUGCAGGCGCCUCGGUGUGAAAUGUGAUUGUCAUCUGUGAGGCAUGUAUGCACUGAGAUGGCAAUUUGCGCUGUACCCAUAUGUUUUUAUUUAAUCAGUUUUCUUUUAUUUAUUCAUUUUAUA